GUUGUAUUAAGUCGUAGUUUUCAGUCAAUAGUUUGCUUGAUUGCUCGUGUAAACUGGUUCUGGGAUUUAUCGUAAGGGGGGGCGUGACCUACUUAGGUACAAUCCGAACCCCUCGCCUAGAUUGAACGGAACGAAACGUCAUAAGGAAAUAGGCGUUACUGUUAUCAGUAAUUCUUUGUUCGCGGAUUGGACGCGAAUACAUACCCCAGGAUUGAGGCUGGGCAGGGAGGAUCUCUUCCCAGCUUCCCCACAGAUUAGUCGGACCCAUCGGGAGGAGCUCCUCUCAUUCAUCCCUUAGCAUGGUAGCAAUGAGUGUUGGAGCUCCUUACAACCUGGAGCCUUAAUCCAACGUCGCCUCAAUGUGGAUGGCGCCGUGCAGUAUCGAAAUGGAAGACAUGUUUGAGAUCCGAUCGGCACUCCUGCCAAGUUAUACAUUGGUGCCUUUCGGCGCCCGGCGUAAAGACGCAAUGAAGAAAUAUCGCUGCCGAAGAGGUAUAUCUAGAUUCGGAUAUCUCGAGAAUCCUGAUAAGAUAGAUAGAUAGAUACCUUAACAGUCAACGCCCAUUCGACUCGAGAUAGCAUUGCAACUUGAAGAAUUAGCAUUGUUACGAAUAUUACCACCAUGUCUUUACCACCUUUCACCCCGGCGACCCCCACUAAAGAGCCCUUGGACUAUGUGAAGCUUGUCAAUCUUGACCUUUCCAAAUUCGAUGACCCAGUCGGACGUCAAGAACUUGCAAGAGAACUGUACGAGGCUGCCACUGGAUAUGGCUUCUUGACACUUACGAAUCAUGGCAUUUCCGAUGAGGUUUAUGCCCGGCAAAUGCAGAUCGCCAAUGCUGUUAUGACUUUGCCGCCGGAAGAGAAGGCUCCGUAUGAAGUUACCCCCGAAGAAGAUGCUCGAGGUCUUUACGUUGGCUUCAAGCCGGCUGGUCCUCUUGGCCACAAGGGCGGUUUCCCUAAGCAACUCGACCACUACAAUAUUCUUGUCCACGACCCCAAGAACCGACCGCAUCCUGAAAUCAUGCGGCCUUAUUUGCAAGAAACAUACGAAGUGAUGCAUUUCAUCCGAAACAAUAUCUUGAAGAAACUGCUCACUUUGAUGGCCAUGAUUCUACAAGUCCCCGAUGAAGUUGUGCAGGCCACACACGCACCGGGCGGUUCCAAGACGGAAUACAUUCGCUACAUGAUGUGCGAACCUCGCCCUAAGGAAGAGAGCGAGAAAUACCGUGACAUCUUUCUGUCCGGCCACACCGAUUGGGGUUCCUGGACUUUCCUCUUCUCGCAGCCUAUUGCUGCGUUGCAGGUUCUAGACCACAAUGAUGGUAAAUACCGAUGGGUUGAACAUCAGCCUAAGGGCCUAGUCAUCAACUUCGGCGAGGCGACUGAGCGUCUUACUGGUGGUCUUUUCAAGGCUACUAUCCACAGAGUCGUGCAGCCGCCCCCUGACCAACGCCACCUCAGACGUAUUGGUGUUAUCUACUUCGCUCGUCCGGCCGACGACCGCGAACUAGUACCAAUCGAGGGCUCUCCCGUGCUGGAAGCAAUGGGGGCUAACAAACCUAUUGAUGACCGAGUAUUCUGCAUGGCUGACUACUUGGAUGCUCGUAAACAUGGCUGGAAGCGCUAUGAAUAUGACAUUGAUAGGCCUGCUGACCCCACAAAGCACGCUGACUUUUUCGCUGGAGAGUAUCCGGACCCAGAUGGUCACAAGAGUCUUGGAAAGUUUGAUAACGUCCCGAGAGACGUAUAUGUGCCUGUCCUGAAGACAUAAUGAAUUGGCUAGUUCAAUCCAUUGGGAGAGUGAUCUUGGUUUCCUGGGUGUUAAAUUGUGCUUUUACCCCUGAAAUCUAGUCUGAAUCUAUCUACAUAUUGAUUUAAUGAAUAUCUACGACUUCUUCUAAC